GUGAGGAGGUUUAUGAGGCACUGCUGGCGGGCAGGCAGCGCUCAGUGUGAGGCGAGCCGUUGAGCGGGCUGGUAGCUCGUGAGCCCCGUGCAGCCGUUAGCUUCCACCACACCCCACAGCCAGGCCGGGCCACCAUGGCUGAUCAACUGACAGAAGAGCAGAUUGCAGAAUUCAAAGAAGCUUUUUCACUAUUUGACAAGGAUGGUGAUGGCACUAUAACUACAAAGGAGUUGGGGACAGUGAUGAGAUCGCUUGGUCAGAACCCCACAGAAGCAGAGCUACAGGAUAUGAUCAAUGAAGUAGAUGCUGAUGGCAAUGGCACAAUUGACUUUCCAGAGUUUCUGACAAUGAUGGCAAGAAAAAUGAAGGAUACAGAUAGUGAAGAAGAAAUUAGAGAAGCGUUCCGUGUGUUUGACAAGGAUGGCAAUGGUUACAUUAGUGCUGCAGAACUCCGUCAUGUGAUGACAAAUCUUGGAGAGAAGCUAACAGAUGAAGAAGUUGAUGAAAUGAUUAGGGAAGCAGACAUUGAUGGUGAUGGUCAAGUAAACUAUGAAGAGUUUGUACAAAUGAUGACAGCGAAGUGAAGACGUUGUACAGAAUGUGUUAAAUUUCUUGUACAAAAUUGUUUAUUUGCCUUUUCUCUGUUUGUAACUUAUCUGUAAAAGGUUUUUCCCUUACUGUCAAAAGAAUAUGCAUGUAUAGUAAUUAGAAGGCCAUUCCUCCAUGUUUUUCUCCUUUAUCUUACUGUCAUUGUUCUGAUUUUUGGAAAAUUGAUCUAAGUAACAAAUGUUGCAUGUGGCUUACUCUGGAUAUUUAAGCCCUUCUGCACAUCUGAAGUUAGAUGGAGUUGGUUAACUGAGGGAACAUCUGGGUUACCUGUUUUUAAAAAAAGUAGCUUUCUUUAGGAGAUGUAGGUAUGACUAGUGUUACAAGUUACAUAAAGUAAGCUAGGGUUUACCAUGCAUUAGCAAUUCCUUAGUUAAAGUGACAUGCUGGUUCUAUUUCUCCAGUAUAUAAAGGAGCUUAUUCCGCUUUCUGUGAUGGAGGAUAAGGACUCUUGCAGCUAACUGCAGGAUAAAACCAUGUGACUAGUAUAUAUACAUGUGGCUAAUGCACUGUAAAAAUCAUUCUCCUGGCUUGCUUCACAGUAACUUGUUUGUGGCCAUACCUGUAACAUGUUGUUGAAAUGUGGAGUCUUAACAUUGUGGACGAUUGACAGUCAACAAUAUGAAACUUAAGUUGCACUAAUGCAAAACGGGUGAUUUAUCCAGGUACUCGUACACAAGUUUUUUUUGUACUGCUGGUCCUGUACCAGAAAACAUUUUCUCCUCUUGUUACUAUGCUUUUUAAACUUUGUUUAGCCACUUAUUUUAAAAAAUCUGCUUCUGGCACGAUUUGCCUCAAAUCCAUUCCAAGUUGUAUAUUUGUUUUCCAAUAAAAAAAUUACAAUUUA